AUGGUGGUCCUCGCAGCGUCGAUAUGCACACGAGGCGGCAAGGCGGUCCUCUCGCGCCAGUUCCGCGAGAUGCAGCGCUCGCGCAUCGAAGCCCUCCUCGCGUCGUUUCCCAAGCUCGCCGACAGCAACACGCAGCACACGACGUGCGAACAGGACAACGUGCGCUACGUCUACCAGCCCCUCGACGAGCUGUACAUGGUCCUGAUCACCAACCUGCAAUCCAACAUCCUGCAGGACAUCAACUCGCUGCACCUGUUCGCCCAGGUCGUCUCGUCGACAUGCAAGUCGCUCGACGAGCGCGAGAUCCUGAGAAACGCCUUCGAGCUGCUCACGGCCUUUGACGAGAUCGUGACGCUGGGAUACCGGGAAAACCUGACCAUGAGCCAGAUCAAGACCUUCCUGGACAUGGAGUCGCACGAGGAGCGCAUCCAGGAGAUCAUCGCACGCAACAAGGAGCUCGAGGCGUCCGAGGAGCGCAAGCGCCGCGCCAAGCAGCUGGAGAUGCAGCGCAAGGAGAUGUCGCGGUCGCAGCGAGCGGCGGGCGGCAUGGGCGGCGGCAUGGGCGGCGGCAUGGGGAGCGGCAUGGGACGCCAGUCGUCGUACCCGGCAUUCACACCGAGUGCGCCCACACAGACGGUCCCCGACACAUACGACAGCUACGAGGCGUCGAAGAAGGCGCCGGCCAAGCCCCUGGCCCUGGGCAAGAAGGGCAUGCAGCUCGGCAAGAAGAGCAAGACAAACAGCGCCUUCGACCAGAUCGCCGGCGACCUGCCCCCAGAGAGCGAGCCCCUCGUCGCCCCCAAGGCUGCUGCGCCCGCCGCCGCCGCCGCCGCCAGCGCCCGCCAGUCGACCGCGACCGACCGCGACGCCAUCCACAUCACCACCACCGAGACCAUCUCGGCACGCCUCGACCGCGAAGGCCUGCUCAAGUCGUUCGAAGUCAAGGGCGAGAUGCAGCUCAAGAUCAGCGACGCCUCCCUGACACAAGUCAAGCUGGACCUGCAUACGGGCGACACGCGCGGCGCCCAGCUCAUGACACAUCCCAAGGUCGACAAGACCGUCUUCCGCAACUCGCAGGUCAUCCAACUGGCCGACACAACCAAGGGCUUCCCCUCCAACAUGGGCAUAGGCGUCAUGAAGUGGAAGCUCGCCCCGCGCCCCGACGACGUGUCCGACCCACCCAUCACGUUCCGCGUUUGGCUCGAGGAAAACGACAGCACCUUCAACGUCACCGUCGAGUACGAGCUCACCGGCUCCGACCCGCUCAAGGACGUCACAGUCACAAUCCCGUACGAGACCGACGAGCCGAAUGUGGGUUCCUUCGACGCCGUGUACGAGGUCAGCGGCGACAGCAUCGAGUGGAACAUCGGCGCCGUGGAUGCAAGGAACAGCUCCGGCAGCUUCGAAUUCGAGGCCCAGGCCGGAAGCGAUGCCGAGUUCUUCCCCAUGCGUGUGCGGUUCAGCAAGAGCACGCCGUUUGUCGACGUUGAUGUCUCCAACGUCACGCUCCUCUCCAUGAACCAGGACAUCGGCUUCACCAAGGACGUCAAGUCGACCGCCGAUGUGUACGAGAUCGUAUGA